AUGGAUGGAGACUUUAAUGUCUUUGAGUCGACGAUCAUUCUCGAAUAUAUCAAAGACAAAUACCACGAUGUUCCGCCUCGUCCUGCUGAUCCGAAGGCGCGAGCAAAAGCACGUAUGAUCGAGGAUGUUUGCGAUUCGCAAUUCGAGCCGAUCAACUGGGCUAUGGGUGAGAUUAAAGCAUUCAAGCGUGCCGAAGACGAAAAGGCGGAAGAGAUCAUAAAGCAAGCAAAGCAUCAGAUAAAGCAGGCACACGUUUGCUUGACGGAGCAGCUUGGUGAUGCUCAGUGGUUUGGAGGUGAUAAGUUCGGUUGGGCGGAUCUCUCUGGGUGGCCGGUGAUCAACCGUUCAACGUCGUACGGUCUGGAACCAGAACCAGGCACUGCUCUCAGAGACUGGUAUGAGAGGGCUAAGGGGCGGGAAUCUGUGAAGUCGGUUUUCGAGGAAUUUCUGGCUGCGACCAAGACACCAGCUCCGCUCGCAGAAUGGCUCAAUAAUGGCUUGUUGAUACGUCAAUACCGUGAUCAUCGGUUAGAAUGGAUGAUAAAAUCAGGUGGCAUUGAUAUCGUCGCAGCAGGUUUGGAGAAGAAAAACAUUCGCUUCCAAUGGCCUAAUCCAUUAGAGUGA